AGAAUAGGGAGGUGGCUGCUGGUUAAUUGCUUAUGCUUAAUGCUCCAUUGCAAUGGAAAGCUCUUCUCAGCCUCUUCCUAAAUAUAUGAAAGCUCUGGUCAAAGAGUCAGCAACAGAAUCCUAUAUUUAUAAAGAUGUAUUAGUGCCCCAACCUGGUCAAGGUGAACUGCUAGUCAAAGUGAAGAAGGUUGCAAUUUGUGGCUCAGACAUCACCCUGUACAAGUGGGGAGAGAUUGCAAAGACUAUUGCAGCAAUUCCAUUUACACCAGGUCAUGAGACAGUUGGAGAGAUUGUGCAGCUUGGCUCAGAUGUUCCCCAGGAAUAUCAGAUUGGAAAGAGAAUUUGUGUUGAGAAUCAUUAUUAUUGUGGGCAUUGUUAUCAAUGUAUGCAUGGGCAACCUCAUAUUUGUCAAAACCUCAAUCAGUUUGGUCAUGGAAAAGGUACUCCUUAUGGAGGUUGUUCAGAAUACACAAUAGUGCCUGCAAAAUAUGCUUAUCUCCUUCAAACUGAUUUGGAUGAUUCUAAAGCAGCAAUAUUAGAACCAUGUGGAGUUGCUCAUCAGGCACUUGAUGCCAUUAAUCCUAUAGGAGAAGAUAUUCUUAUUCAGGGAUGUGGACCAAUUGGACUAUUUGCAAUUGGCUUAGCUAAAGUAAUGGGAGCAACAAAAAUCAUUGCUUGUGACAUUGUGGAUGCAAAACUAAAGGUAGCUAGCCAAGUUGGAGCUGAUGUGACUGUAAAUUGCAAAACACAAAACCUUAAAGAGAUAAUAAUGCAAGAAACGAGUAAUAAUGGUAUUGGACGUUUACUUGAUGCUACUGGGGUAGUCCCAAUGAUUAAUAAUUGUUUCAGUCUAUUAAGGAAGGGUGGUUCUAUUGUUUUAGUUGGCUUGCCUAAAGAGCCACUUCAUAUAGAAGACCCUCUGCCCAAUGUAGUUUUUAAAUCAUUAACUCUCAAAACGGUCCAUGGACGAAGGAUUUUUAAAGACUGGAUUGAACCUGAGAGAUUUUUAAAGGAAAACAAAGUAAACACUGAUCCAAUUAUUACACACGACUUUCCCAUGAGUCAAUUUGAAGAGGCAUUUGCAACGUUAAUGAGUGGUGCUGGCUGUAAAAUACUUAUGACUCCCGGAAAAUAACUAAUAUAACAAAUAUAUAUUGAACUGCUACUUUUUGUAAAAAAACAUUUAUUAUUUUCAGAA